GGUUGAAAUUGGGCUCCACUGGCUCGCCGUCGAUUCGUGUCGUCAUGGAUCAAAGGUCAAAACGCACGCAAGGAAACAACAUGGAGGCCGGGGAAAGACAAGUUUCCUCUAAAGCGCCUAAAAAUGGUGGAAAACACGCAAAGCAGCUAAGUGCCGAAGCAGAAGCAAGGAGAGAGGUGAUCCGGGAGACGCUGAGGGAGAGACUGGAACUGGAGAAAAGAGCCCACCAGGUGGUGGAGCGUCUCAUAGAAGACCGCGUGUCUGAUGACUUCCUGCUCGACUGUGCCAAGUUAAUCACCACUGCUAAUUACAAAGAUGUUGUGGAGGAAAGAUUCAUCACUAAAUUGUGUGGUUAUCCUUUGUGUUCAAAUAAAUUGGAAAAGAUCCCAAAGCAACAAUACAAAAUCUCAACGAAGACCAAUAAGGUAUAUGACAUAACAGAGCGUAAGUCUUUUUGCAGUAACUUUUGCUAUAAAGCAUCCAAAGAAUUUGAGCUGCAGAUAUCAAAGACCCCUCUUUGGCUUCGGCACGAUGAAAGACCUCCAGAAAUCAAGCUGAAGAAGAAAGGCAACAUCGGAAGUUCUGGUGAGGAGGUAUGUCUGACACCGAAAUGCCUACAGGAGGAUGACAUUGAGCAACCACUGAAUACUCAACCUGAGGACCAUCAGGACCGUUCCUUCACAGCCGGCCACAGCGACAGCAGCGAUGACGAACGGGAGCAGGACUUCAUUUCCAGCGUGGUUUCCAGGGAACAGAGACCCAGGGUGCACUGGGGUGACCGGCCAAAACGUAAAAAUGAAGGUGAAGGAGUUAGACGCCCGCAGGCAGAAAGGAGAAAGGGUGAAAGCAGACAAAACCAGAAGUUAGAAAAGGAAGUCAAAAUGACUCGUGAUGAGUCUUUUGCAAAUGGAACAGUCCACGAAGAAGUGCCUGAGGAAGCCAAAGUGGACGAGGUGAUGGAUAAACUGAAGUCAUGCAGCCUCCAUGCUGCAACACAACCUCAGGAAGACCUCACAGCUCCCGCAACCACUCCACCUCUGAUUGAAUCAACUCACCAAAGAGAAAGCAGUUCACAAAAUCGCCAGGAUCUUGUCGUGUUGAAUGCAGACAGCGUGCCCAGCCUCAAUAUCAUCCAGGUGGGGAUGAGCAAGCGAGGGGCGACAGGUCUCCGGAGUCUUCUCAAGAACCACGGUCCAGCGACAAAACACAACCUGAUUGGACAGUCUCUACUUGAAUCCUUAAGAGUGACACUGAACGAUUGGCUCACAGAAGAGAGCAUUAAAUUCCUGCAUGGUGCUGAUUGUACGCUUGACCCUCCCUCAAUCUACAUGAAAGAAGAGGAAGAGGAAUUGGAUGAAGAUGACCUUGAGGAUGAUGUGACUGAGGGAAGUGGAGGAGAGGAGGAGAGGAGAGCCUUAUUGCCAGCUCCGGACUAUGAGACCCUCAAAAGGGAAACCCAGCAGAUGGUGCUCAAGGUCAGAGAGUUUUACAAAGGCACCUGGAUUGUGGCUGAGGACGAAGAAAAGAUGAAUGGAAAUGAGGAAACCACCCAGGACCAAAGCACAAGUGACUCUCCGUCUCUGCCGCUGGUUGACUCCAAAGCUCAGCAUCUCAUCCAGAAGAGAAUUACGGUGGAGAAACUGGCCAGCUGUCUCAGGAACAUUGUGGGUCCGCUGAGUCUUACCUUGAGUGAUAUCACCAGUGACCUCAACAACCUCGUCAGGACAUUCAGGUUUACCAACACCAACAUCAUCCACAAACCUCCUGAAUGGACGCUCAUCGCCGUAGUGCUUCUCCAUCUGUUGUCCAAUGUGUCUCCAGUGGUUGCCGAAGCCUUGAAGACGCCUUCAUCAGUUUUAUAUAUAAACACCCUCAUGGAGGAGCUGGGCCUACAGCAGCAAGACCUCUUGAACCUUCUCCAGCCAUUUAAAACGAUACCGCACUGACACACACAAUAAAAUUCAUGGAAUGGACACCUCUGUAAGCGAACCAAAUAAAAGUAUUUUCUGAUA